AUGCCGUUUUCGAGUGCACUCCUAACGCCCAGCAGAACGAGCAACGACGACGACCCCGACCAGAUAGGCUCAAACAGCUCCACGCCGCCCGGUGCAGCCACUCCGCGCCCCGAUCCGACGGACAAGCGACUGCCGGGUAUUCUUCACAGCUACUUUGGCCAGGUUCGUGACUCUCUGAUACCCCGACGAAAGUCUUCUGCGGUCAACAACCCUUCCCCCGCACCCUCUUCUCCUGCACAAGAGCGCCCCCAGGAGCCUGCACCGAAAGAGAAGGAGCCCGAUCCCAGCCGCCUGCGCUCGCACACACUGCCCAGCCCUACACCCAGUGCAUCUUCUGCCUCGCGACAUCCCUCAACCUCGCAGUUGACUGGAGAAGCGGAGAAGCUAACGCAAGGCGACUUUGCGCCGCCGCGAAACCAGGCCACUCCCCCUCAGACUCCCCGCACACGCUCGCAAGAAGGCAAGCCGCCCACUUCGGGCUUGAGCCAGACGGCGCUCGCGUCGCACGCAAAGUCGAAGGAGGGCAAGGGCCCUAGCCCUGCGGUCGGACCGCCGAAAGGCAAGCUCUCCGUUUCCAUCUCAGAAGGCCGCCGUCUGCGUCCCAGCGUAGACCCGUAUGUGGUAUGCCAGUUCCAAUGGGCCGAGUACAUCUCCGAAGGACCGAGAAACGAGGGGACAAAAAGGGCCGCCGGCGGCGAUAAGCGGAAACCCGGUGGGCUCGCCAUCAAACGGACCGACAGCGACUCGGGCAGACCAAUGGCGAUACCGAUGCGGAGUCGGCAGAGUAGCAAUAACGGCACCAGCUCAGACCCUCGCGAAGAUGGCACGUUCAAGGACGUGACCGAUCCCAAGUGGGAACACGAGGCAAUCUUCGACGUUGUCGGCGACCACUCCGAAAUCGACAUUUCCGUGUACGACCGGAGUAACGGUGAGGCCUUCCUCGGCCACGUCCGCUUCUGCCCGAACCUCGUCGAGUACGAACACCCUUACGAUGGCUGGUUCACACUCGAACCCCGCGAUAACGAGGAGGACUAUGUCACAGGAGAGAUCCACCUACGGAUCAACUUUCACAAGACGGAUAAGAAGCACUACGGUCCUGAAGACUUUGAGAUUCUCAAGCUCAUCGGCAAAGGCACAUUUGGCCAAGUUUUCCAGGUACGGAAGAGGGAUACCCGUCGCAUAUACGCUAUGAAGGUGCUCUCGAAGAAAGUUAUCGUGCAGAAGAAAGAGGUGGCACACACCCUGGGCGAACGCAACAUUCUCGUUCGGACAGCCAUGGCAGAGUCACCAUUCAUUGUUGGCUUGAAGUUCUCUUUCCAAACCCCGUCCGAUCUUUACCUGGUAACAGACUACAUGUCUGGAGGCGAGCUAUUUUGGCACCUUCAGAGGGAAGGCCGCUUCCAGGAAGCCCGCGCCAAGUUCUACAUCGCCGAGCUCAUUCUUGCUCUGCAACAUCUCCACGAACACAACAUUGUCUACCGCGACUUGAAACCAGAGAAUAUCCUGCUGGAUGCCAAGGGCCAUAUUGCGCUGUGCGACUUUGGUCUUUCAAAGGCUAACCUCACGGAGAACGCCACCACGAAUACCUUCUGUGGUACUACCGAGUAUCUGGCUCCCGAGGUUCUCCUGGAUGAGCAUGGUUACACCAAGAUGGUCGAUUUCUGGUCUUUAGGAGUCUUAGUGUUCGAGAUGUGCUGCGGCUGGAGCCCGUUUUAUGCCGAGGACACGCAACAGAUGUACAAGAAUAUCGCCUUCGGGAAGGUCAGAUUCCCACGAGAUGCGCUCAGCACCGAAGGUCGCAACUUCGUGAAAGGGCUUCUUAAUCGGAAUCCGAAGCACCGGCUUGGUGCAACCCGAGAUGCGGAGGAGCUGAAGGCUCAUCCUUUCUUUGCCGAUAUCGACUGGGACGCCUUAGCGAAGAAGAACGUCGUACCACCGUUCAAGCCGAAGCUGAAGGGGGAACUGGAUGUUUCCAACUUCGACCCAGAGUUUACCAAUGCCCUGAACGGGAAUGGAUCUUUGAAUGCUCGUGCUGCUGCCUUGGCUUCGGGCGUCAAUCCCGCGUCGACGCCGCUCUCGCCGACGAUGCAGGCUAACUUCGCCGGCUUCACUUUCGUGGAUGAGAGUACAAUGGAGCAGCAGUUCAGGCAUCGUGAAAACGAUCUUGAACGGAUGGAGGAGGACGACAAAGAGGAUCCUGAGUGGGAUAAGCCGGCUGGCCGCGGAGACCGCAUGAGCGGCGUCAUUCCCAGCAACGACCACGAUAUAUUCAGUCACGGCAAUUUCGACGUCUAA